AUGGAUCAAAAAGACGUUGAAAAAGUAAAAUUGGGGCCACUCAAUGAAUCCACAUCAAACAAUAAAAUGCCAUUGCCCCCAUUCAAAAAAGAAGCGAGUCUUAUGUCGAUGGAUCCUAUUGAAGAAACGUCAUCGGCCAUGAUGGUUGAACGUGCCUCAUCACAAUUGAGCUCAUCAUUGAUGAACGGGCUGGACACAUUAGGAAUAAUUUCUUCCCAAGACAGUGGCAUCCUGACAGACGAUGAUGAGCCAAUAACAAAAGUUUCGACUCAGCAUUUUCCCGCCAGAAUUAACCCCGAUGUACAAUUAUCGCCCCUUUCAUUCAGGGUCAAACAACAUGAUCCAAAACCUAAAACAAUUUACAGAUUUGUUCUACCAAACAAAAAAUCAACCAUUGCCAAUGUAGCGGAUCAAUCAAGAUAUAAGAAGGGUUCGGGCUUACGCAUGCCAUCGCAAAAAACGCCUGUCGUCUCCAAAGAGCAAAAUCUGUUGCCGAAACGUGGAAGGAAAAAGAAGAUUCUUCCAUCGUCCUCUCCCCCAUCAGAGUCUCACGGGAUUUUCUCUGACCUCAGGAUUCUAUUCGUUCGAAAUAAUAUUGAUACCACACGUUUUAAUUUGAUGAAAGAAAAAGUAAAAUCCAAAGGCGGAAACAUAGUCGACUCUUUCGAUCCAAGUGUCACUCAUGUGAUCACGGCAUUACCGGGGAAAAAUGUACAUAAGGCUCUAGGUCUUUCCAGUAACAAAAAUCUCGAGUAUAACAAACUUGCGGACAUGAAUUUUUACGUUGUGCCAUUGUCAGAGGAAACUAACCCACAACAGACAGAUAAAGAUUCGUCAAAUGAGCCGACGAUAGGUGCUAAGAGAACAAACGAAAGCAUAGUUGAAGAAAAAGAUAGUGAGAAUAAAAGUUCCCGUAAGAUUAAAAAGCAGGCUUUGUCUUCAACUCCGGAGAAAGACUUCUCUCCCUCACCACCGUCGCAACCAAUGCCCAGCAGUGAUGAACCUAUCGAAGCCGCUCCAUCACCUCCGCCUGUGGAGAAGGCCAACACAAUUUCGGAUGGUAAUGAUCCAUUAUUGGAGAUGAUCAAAGAAGCCAAGUAUCUUGCCAAAGAGGGCCUCUACUUGGAAGAGGAAAAAGAUGAUUUGAAUGAAAUUUCUCGAAAUGAUUUUUUACAAGACGAUGACUCGGACUUUGAUGUGCCCGGCGACAAAACCACCAGUGAUGAACAACCUUCUGAGCCUUCGACGUUUGUUUCAAAGUCUAGAGAAGGAUCAUUUGCUUGUCUUAGCAAAAAUACCGCGGAACUUAAGUAUAGCAAUCCGAAUAAACUGAUAAUCGACAAGCUUCAAAUUUUGUUGGACCAUUAUCAAAUGAGAAAAGAUGAAUGGCGAACUUUAAGUUAUCGUAAAGCCAUCUCUGCACUAAAGAGGCGUGAGAAACCUGUAACAUCGUAUGAGGAGGCAAAAAAGAUUUAUGGAAUUGGAGAAAGCAUAGCAUCAAAGAUCGCGGAAAUUAUAAAGACAGGAAAUUUGAGACGCAUCGAAAGCAUCUCAAAGACCGACAAGGUCAUCGAAAAGUUUAAUGCCAUACAUGGUGUUGGGCCGUCGGUGGCUUUAAAAUGGUAUGCCAAGGGUUAUAGAUCGUUCGAUGAUAUAUUGAAAAAUGUCGAAUUAACGCACACGCAAAAAAUUGCAAUCGAUAACUUUGAUGAUCUUCAACAACGAAUACCACGAGACGAAGUGUCAAAGAUUUCAAAAGUAGUAGAGAGUCUUGCUCACAUUAUUGAUUCGAGAUUGGAAUUAUUCACCGUCGGUUCCUAUAGGAGGGGAAGUCCCACGUGCGGGGAUAUUGACAUCUUGAUAACGAGAAAUGACAUAGAUGGUAAAACUCAUUUAGGUAUCCUGCCAAAGUUGGUUGAUUCUUUACAUAAUCAUGGAUUAUUGACUCAUGACUUGUCGCAACCCAGCGAAGAUCACCUCUCUUCAAGAUUUAUGGGAAUUUGUAGGAUUCCCGGAGGGAAGCAUCGUAGGAUAGAUUUAUUCACUGUUCCUUAUAAUGAGUUCGGCGCAGCACUGUUGUCUUAUACCGGAAAUGAUAUAUUUAAUCGAAGUCUGAGACUGCUCGCCAGGAAAAAGAAAAUGAAACUUAACAGUCAUGGUUUGUACAAAGAUGUUACUCGUGCCCCAGGCGGUAUUGGCUUAACAGAUGGGAAAUUGAUUGCUCAGCAAACGGAGAUAGAAAUAUUUGAUGCUUUAGGAGUUCCAUGGAGGUAA